AUCAGCCCAGCCGUCAAACGUCAGAUCCCUUGUCUUCUCGCAACGGAAGGCGCCCAAAGGCACAUCCAUUGACUUGCCGAAACACUUUGCGAAGGAGUUGACACCGGCCAGUCACCCUCACAGGCUCGAGCACACCACCGUGAAUUAGUGUAUUAAACACAAUUAAAUUAGACAACCCGAACGUCGCAGCCUUCGCAGGAGCUCGGCCAACAAUCAGCUGCGAAGUUUGUCUCCGUGUAAAGCAUCCACUCGGGACAACCCCGUUUGGAAGUCGGACAACUUGCUCACCACGCUCACCAGGCCGAGGUUGCGUACCUGACCGCGAUGCGCCAGCAACUUGUCCUAUCAUUCACCGGUUUUUUGACGUCUUUGGCUUUUGUCUGUGCAGCCCCUCUGUCCCUGCCGACACAACAAUCGACUUUUCACCUUCGCAAUGGGACUGACAAGGGCGGACACGCUAUCGGACCGGGAAAUAAAUCCGCUGUUCUCGAUCCGUACCCUGGCAAACGCCGCCUCACUUUCCGCGCUGAUGGAACGUUCAAAUUAACAGUUUUCUCGGAUUUGCACUUCGGUGAAAAUCCGUGGGAUGCCUGGGGUCCAGAACAGGAUAGGAAGAGCCUCAAAGCUAUGAAAACUCUUCUGGCAUCUGAGCACCCAGACUAUGUAGUUUUGAACGGCGAUCUCAUCACUGGAGAAAACACGUUCCGGGAAAAUUCCACUUCUCUGAUAGAUCAGAUAAUGCAGCCACUCAACGAGGUCGGCGUCCCAUUUUCCUCCACACAUGGUAACCACGACAAUCAGGCAAACAUCACCCACCUGGAGGAAAUCCACCGUGAGGUUGCUGUUGCCCCACUCAGCUACACUCGCCCUGCGCCACCUGGUGUAGGUGGAGAAGGAGGGCCUGGAAACUAUUGGGUGCCUAUUUUUCGAGCCACCCGCGAUCGAGCCCCGGCGCUGGUCCUCUGGUUCUUCGACUCGCGAGGGGGGCGAACGACAGGCGAAGAUAAUGCGCAGAUGCCCGAUUGGGUCGACAGCUCCGUGGCCGGCUGGAUCGCAGCCGAGACAGCCGUCAUGGACGACGUCUGGGGUGCGGACGCGGAGAGGAGCGCGCUCGCGUUCGUGCACAUACCCCCGCAUGCCAUCGAGGCCGUUCAGCGCCGACUGAACCGCACGGAAAGCCCGGGUCUGAACGCCGACGAAUUGGGGAGGGGCUCAACGCAAGCGACGGAGAAAUCAGCAUCCGCGGGCAAAGACGGACCUUUCUGGGAUGCGUUGAACAAGCACGUCAGGAACCUCAGGGCAGUCGUCUCAGGCCACGACCACGGGAACGAGUGGUGCGCAAAGGAGCCCGAGAAGGGCGUCACGUUCUGUUUUGACAAACAUUCGGGCUACGGGGGAUAUAAUAGCCCAGGGUGGGGCAGAGGCGUGCGCUCGUUUGAGUUUAAGCAUCAACAUGACCAUCAGGUUGUCGAGACCUAUAUUCGGAUGGAAGACGGGCAGAUCAAGAACAGGGCUAUCCUGCACUCCGAAGACGAGGUCUAGGAAGAGCAUGUGCAAAGGACAAGGCAGCUUUAAGGCAAUGCGAGGCCGUGUAUGCGAUGCAUGUAUGUUAGGCAGCCAGGAAUGCAGUAAUUUACAUUGUACGAUAACAUGGCUAAAAGUUCAAGUUUACUCC